AGACGCCACAGCACCAACCCACUUCGCAUUGAAGCGCUGUCAGCACCCACACACAUAAACAAAGAAAGGAAAAGAAAACGCCGUGGUCGUUGAAGCCACCACAAGCAGCAACUUAUCUGCAAUGCCCUCUGACAUUCAAAAGCAGCGGUAUGUGCCGCUUGUGGGCACCACCAACCUCCGUAACCUCGGCGGCUACCACACCAACGACGGAACCAAGACUACCAAGUGGGGCGUCUUGUACCGCUGCGAUCAGCUGGCUGAAGUCCCGCCCGAGAUGGCCCAACGCGUCCUCGUAGAUCAGCUCAACAUCCACACGACCUAUGACCUGCGCGCGGACAAGGAAGUCGCGGUGAAGAGCUACGACAUCCCGCGCAUCACACGCAACCACGUGCCCAUCGACACGACGCAGAUAUCACGGUGGGUAAAGGAUGGGGAGGACUUGCAUAGCGGCCCGGUGACAUUCCGUGUGCUGCAGGAGAUUUAUCGGGAGUUCGUACGAUCUUACGGCUCCACAGUGGGCUCGAUCAUCAAGGGCAUCUUGGCCAGCAACCCAUCCUCCGACAACGCGUCGUUGAUCCACUGCACCGCUGGCAAGGAUCGCACGGGGUGGUCUGUGUAUGUGCUGCUAACGUUGCUGGAUAUCAACGAGGAGGAGAAGCGCAAGGAUUACCUGCUCACGAACACGUACUUCAAGGUACCGCAAGAUGCCUAUGACUACCUGGGUGGACUGGGCAUGUCAGGGGAUGCUAUGAAGGUUCUCUGGAGUGUCUUUGACGAGUUCCUCGAUGCCGGCAUCGAUGAGGUGAACAAGUUUGGAGGUGUGGAGACGUACGCGAAGUCGCAUAUGGGCCUGACAGACGCCGAUAUCCAGCAGCUGCGCGAGACUCUUCUGGAGUGA